GUUAUAAAAUGCGUCGAAAGUUCCAUAUAAAACGAAACCGAACCUAAUAACACUUGGUGGCUCAAUAGAGCAUUUGUUCAGCAGCGUGACCAAAUACAGAGUGAAAAUAGAAAAAAACAAUGGAUACGAUCAAGUCAUUCAAGGGGUACGGCAAAGUAGACGAGUUGGAGCAGCAAGCCUAUGAGAAGAAGACACGUAAGCGCCUCAUAAUCAUAACCGCCUCCUCAAUCGUGCUAAUUGCGGUGAUCAUCGCCGCGGUUGCAGGGGUCGUCAUACACACGCGCAACACCAAAUCAUCCUCCUCAUCCGACUCGGCCCCGCAAACCGAGUUGUCCCCGGCCGCGUCACUCAAAGCGGUGUGCGAGGUCACUCAGUACCCGAACUCGUGCGUCUCCGCCAUCUCCGCUCUGCCGGAGUCCAACACCACCAACCCGGAGCUCCUCUUCAAGCUCUCGCUCCGCGUCGCCAUUGACGAGCUUUCCAAGCUCUCCAGCUUCCCUUCCAAGCUUCGCGCCAAUGCCAGCCACGACGCGCGCCUCCAGAAGGCAAUCCACGUCUGCGACUCCGUCAUCGCCGACGCGCUCGACCGCCUCAACGACUCGGUUUCCUCCCUUGCCGGCGCCAGCGCCGGCAAGGUCAUUCCUCCGGCCAGAGUCAGCGACGUCGAGACGUGGCUCAGCGCCGCGCUCACGGACCAGGACACGUGCCUCGACGCGCUCCGCGAGCUCAACUCCACCGCCGCGCACGCCGCGCUGCGCGAGAUCGGAGCCGCCAUGAAGAACUCCACGGAGCUCGCGAGUAACAGUUUGGCCAUCGUGACGAGGAUCCUAGGGUUGCUGUCGCGGUUCGGCGCGCCGGUUCACCGGCGGAGGCUGCUAGGGUUUCCGGAGUGGAUCGGCGCGGCGGAGCGGAGGCUGCUGGAGAGCAACGCAACGACGACGGCGCCGGAUGCGGUGGUGGCGUCGGACGGUAGCGGACAGUUCAAGACUAUCGCGGAGGCGCUGAAGCUGGUGAAGAAGAAGAGCGAGAAGAGGUUCGUGGUGUACGUGAAGGCAGGGCGUUAUGUGGAGAACAUCGAUUUGGAUAAGAACACGUGGAAUGUGAUGAUCUACGGCGAUGGCAAGGACAAAACCAUCGUCCUCGGUGGCCGCAACUUCUUCGACGGCACGCCCACUUUCGAAACCGCCACUUUCGCUGUUAAAGGCAAGGGAUUCAUUGCCAAAGACAUAGGGUUUGUAAACACUGCCGGUGCAUCCAAGCACCAAGCUGUGGCAUUAAGAUCUGGCUCGGAUCGCUCUGUGUUCUACAGAUGCUCAUUUGAUGGCUUCCAGGAUACCCUCUAUGCCCAUUCCAACCGCCAAUUCUACCGUGAGUGUGACAUCACAGGCACCAUAGACUUCAUCUUUGGCAAUGCUGCUGCUGUGUUCCAAAAUUGCAAAAUCAUGCCCAGACAGCCUCUGCCAAACCAGUUCAACACCAUCACAGCUCAGGGCAAGAAGGACCUUAACCAGAACACUGGAAUCAUAAUCCAGAAAUCAACAAUCACUCCCUUUGGUAACAAUCUCACAGCUCCCACGUACCUUGGUAGGCCAUGGAAAGAUUACUCCACCACUGUCUUCAUGCAAUCUGAUAUUGGGUCAUUUUUGAAGCCAGUGGGGUGGAUGAGUUGGGUCCCCAAUGUGGAUCCUGCAAGUACCAUAUUUUAUGCCGAAUACCAGAAUACUGGGCCUGGAGCAGACGUGUCCCAGAGGGUCAAAUGGGCCGGGUAUAAGCCCACUCUCACGGAUGCUGAGGCAGGGAAGUUCACUGUGCAGUCCUUUAUCCAGGGCCCUGAGUGGUUACCCAAUGCUGCAGUGCAGUUUGAGUCUACCUUGUGAUUUUAAUACGGCCCAUAUAGAAAGAUAUAGCAUCCAUUUAUCAACUGCUAAUCAUAUUUUACUUGUCUUAAUCACACUCUUGUAACAUGUACUAUUACACUACACGCAUUUUUUUGACCUUCUUUUGAAUGGUUUGUAUAAUUCUUCUGUACAAUGCGGUGUCGGGAGAUAUUUCGAAUGCAAAAAAUAAAACAAAAUGAACAUAUUGACUCCAAGGGUUAAGGUACUGUUUGUAUAAGCUGUCAGCUGCUCAAACAAUUGCAUGUAAUUUUGAACGUUUAUAUGAAAAAACAGGUUAUGUAUUA